AUGGCGUCCCAUCUCGUCGACGCCUACGAGAAACUCCUCGUGGACAACAUCUCGACCGUCAACACUGUCGAGUCCACCAUCCGCAAUGUCACCUGGUUCCUCCCCGGUCGAUUUGCAGACGCUGACGUUGCGUCCGAGGGCCUCUAUGCUCUCCUCUCCCUCGUGUCCAGCGGGCACGAUGCGCUGCUCGAGAAGCGCAUCCCGCCAUCCCUGUCCCUGCCCCCGCAUCCCUUCGCGCCCGAGCCAGCCGUUCAGGAGUCCCUCUUCGGCGCUCCACCGCCUGCGAGUCGAGUGCAGCCCCUUCUUCCUCCAGCCUCGGAGCACAGGCGAUACACGCGGUACUGGACAGACAAGUCGAAGGUGUACCGACGAGCGUCGCGCACGCUUCAGACGGUAACCUACAUUGAGCUGCUGCUCGAAAUGCUCAUCCGGCGCAAGCUCGGCGACCGCGCGCGCUGGCGUCUUGUGCUCUCCAUUGAGGCUUUCAAAUCGAUCCUCCGUUUCAUCUUGCUCCUUGUGACGCGACGCCCAGUGCUCACCCCGCCGACACCGCAGCGCGAGUUUGACCCUGCGAUGAUUCCGCAGGAGAAGCUCAAGUCGCAGCCCCCGGCAGCGCUAGGCAAGAAGAUGGAGGACGCUCGCCCCGUAAUCCCGGAGAUUGGUCAUCGCCAACCGCUGCGUGCGCACCUGUACCCACUGGUAGCAUCGCUGCCGGAGGCGUACCAGAUGCAUCCGCUCGGCCUGGUUCCCGAGCUCUGCACAGCGAAGGAGUGGCUCUCCGAGGUGCUCAACUCCACGACGGGAUUGGUGCAGGUGCUGCUCUUCUACUAUGCGAUGCGCAACCCGAAGUCAAAGUACCGCCCUGCGUCGCUGCCCACGCUCUCGACGUACUUCUACCCCUUCCUCAUCCCGCUCGCGAUGCAGCUGGUCUCGCGCCACUUCCGUGCUCCGACUGGCGACUCGACGCUCCUCGCCGAGCACUACGCCAAGCUCGACCGCCGGCUCGCGACCCGCUUCUUCCUCACUGGGCCCAUGUGGGUCGGAUGGACCCGCCCGAAGGUCAUGGCCGUCGUGCGCGGUCUUCAGCGCAUCCCUCUCAUUGGCCUCGCCGGUGGCCUGCUCGAGGGCUACCUUCCUCUCGUGGACGAGUACUACUGUGAGUAA